AUAAAAAGCACGAUUUUUCACACCUUUUGCAGUUAAAACUUACACAAGACUCUACUUUCUUUUCUGCGGACUCGCUGCGAUAAAUUGAAGAUGGACGCGGCGGUGCAGAAUAAUGAAGAAAACGAGAGGAGAGGUCGAGAGCCUUUCGAGGAGGCCCUGAUGGUCGCGAUGGCGGUAGACGGCGCGGCGGAAGAGGCGGAUUACGUCGGUGGAAUGAAAGGGACGGUUCGAGGGCCUUGGUCACCCGACGAAGACGCUAUUCUAACAGGUCUGGUGAGGAAAUUUGGUCCUAGAAACUGGAGUCUGAUCGCCAGAGGAAUUCCGGGCCGUUCUGGGAAGUCGUGCCGCCUGCGGUGGUGUAAUCAGCUCGACCCUUGCGUCAAGCGAAAGCCCUUCACGGAUGAGGAAGAUCGUAUUCUUAUUGAGGCACAUGAAGUACACGGGAACAAAUGGGCUUCAAUUGCAAAACUCCUGCCAGGAAGAACAGACAACGCAAUAAAAAACCACUGGAACUCUACCCUUAGGCGCAGGUUCCUCAACUUAAGAAGGUCAACAACAGCCGAUCAAACCUACUUUGGCUCGAAUAUCAACUUGGUCAAGUCCGAGACCCCAUCAAGCUUACCCCUCAACUCCUCUGACAAAAUGAAAAAUGAAAAUUCACAACACACUGCCAUGAUUCCACUUGAAGGCAAAUAUGAAGCUACUACUUCAAGCUCUCCUGUUACGCAACCAAAUGUUUAUCCCUCAGCUGACAACUCUCCAAUGAUUUCCAAAGUUGGUGCAUUUACCGUCUGUAAUAAUUCUUCAAGUUUUAAACAGAAGAAUACUGAGAUAUUCAAGUUUCAGCCGAUUGUGCGGUUGCAGUGUGGCCAUGGCUGCUGUGAAGGCCCUAAAAUUUCAUUGUUGGGGCCUGAGUUUGUGGAUUAUGAUGAAACACCAGAUAUGUUUAGCCCUGAGCUGGCUUUGCUUGCUAGGGAUUUGAACAGUAUUGCAUGGAUGAGAAGUGGUCUUGAGGAGAAUACGAAAAUUGAUCAAGUGAUUGAAGACUUAGAUGGGAUGAAAGCUUUGCGAGCUGAGGUGGAGGGCUUGAGUUGAGGAGGUUAUGUCAUUCAAUCUUCUUCUUCUUCUUCUUUGGUUUGGGCUGAUUAUAAGGUUUUUUUUUUUGGUGUAAAAAGGCUCGGCUCCUUCAUGUCAUUUUCUAUUAGUAUUAGUGAACAAUUGUUGGUCUCUUAACCUGAUAAUUGUUGCCCUUUUACAACAUGUUUUGUCUUGUAUUUGGUGUUUUUGGUAUCUUUUCUCAUCGCAGGGCUCUUAAUCUUGUGUUCCAUGAUGAUGGGUUAGGGUUUGGUUGAAAAUUGAAAUUGAGGUUGAUAUAUACUAUAUAUACAAACAAG